AAGAAGAAGAAGAAUCCUUAGUGCGCAUGUCUGUUCUGUCGGAGGAUAAACAAACAGGAUCCAGGUGAUAAAUAAAGACUCACCCUCAGCAGAUGUGAGGAUGGGGAAGUCUUUCUCUCUCCUCACGAAGCAGCCCGAUGAGGGUCAGGACAGCAUGGCGUCUCCUCUGGAGGAAGAGGAGGAGGAGAAGGUGGGAGACAUCUCUGCGUUCCCGUACGUUGAGUUCACGGGACGGGACAGCGUCACGUGUCCCUCCUGCCAGGGAACCGGACGCAUCCCCAGAGGACAGGAGAACCAACUGGUGGCUCUGAUCCCUUACAGCGACCAGAGGCUGAGGCCCCGCAGGACGUGAAAAGUUUACGUCUCAGCGUCCGUGGCUGUCUGCCUGCUCCUCUCCAGCCUCGCCGUCUUCUUCCUCUUCCCUCGAUCCAUCGAUGUUUCCUACGUCGGCGUGAAGUCGGUGUUCGUCAGCUACGACCAGGACAAGCGCAGCGUCUACCUCAACAUCACG